GGAUCAUUCAUGUGAUUCUCCCUCCCUCCUGAUCAGGGCUCUGCGGUGCUGGCUGUGUUUUGGGGAAGAAGGAAGGAUCCUGAGACAGAGACCCCCAGACCCCAGAACUGGACAAGGGAAGCUGCAGCCUGCAGGUAAGUGUCCUUACUGUCUCUCUAAUAACUGCAUGCUGCAUGACUCACCUCACAGGUUACAUUAUCAUAUGGACCCCCCCAUAUAAACCCCCAUAUUCCCCCCCUGUAGAUCCCCCCAAGUGAGGGGGGGGGGGGAUUCUGCAGUCAUGCAGUGUGUCUCAGUGCCCUGUUGCUAUGAUGUGUGAGUUGGUGCAGAGCGAUGUGUGACUGCAGUGAGGGUGAGCUGCUCUCCAGCCCUGGUACCCAGCAGCAUCUGUUACCUGCUAAAUGCUCUGCAGCCCCAGUACCCAGCAACACCUGUUACCUGCUAAAUGCUCUGCAGCCCUAGUACCCAGCAACACCUGUUACCUGCUAAAUGCUCUGCAGCCCUAGUACCCAGCAACACCUGUUACCUGCUAAAUGCUCUGCUGCCCUAGUACCCAGCAACACAUGUUACCUGCUAAAUGCUCUGCAGCCCUAGUACCCAGCAACACCUAUUACCUGCUAAAUGCUCUGCAGUCCUGGUACCCAGCAGCAUCUCUUACCUGCUAAAUGCUCUGCAGCCCUAGUAACCAGCAGCACAUGUAACAUGCUAAAUGCUCUGCAGUCCUGGUACCCAGCAGCACAUAUUACCUGCUAAAUGCUCUGCAGCCCUAGUAACCAGCAGCACCUGUUACCCGCUAAAUGCUCUGCAGCCCUGGUACCUAGCAGCACGUUACCUGCUAAAUGCUUUGCCGCCCUAGUACACAGCAGCACCUGGUACCUGCUAAAUGCUCUGCAGCCCUAGUACCCAACAGCACAUGUAACCUGCUAAAUGCUCUGCAGUCCUAGUACCCAGCAGCACCUGUAACCUGCUAAAUGCUCUGCAGUCCUGGUGCCCAGCAGCACCUGUAACCUGCUAAAUGCUCUGCAGUCCUGGUACCCAGCAGCACCUCUUACCCGCUAAAUGCUCUGCAGCCUUAGUAACCAGCAGCACCUGUAACCUGCUAAAUGCUCUGCAAUUCUGGUACCCAGCAGCACAUGUUACCUGCUAAAUGCUCUGCAGCCCUAGUAACCAGCAGCACCUCUUACCUGCUAAAUGCUCUGCAGCCCUAGUACACAGCAGCACCUGUUACCUGCUAAAUGCUCCGCAGCCUUAGUACCCAACAGCACCUGUUACCUGAUAAAUGCUCUAUAGCCCUGGUACCCAGCAGCACCUGCUACCUACUAAAUGCUCUGCAGCCCUAGUAUCCAGCAGCACCUGUUACUUACUAAAUGCUCUGCAGCCUAGUACCCAACAGCACCUGUUACCUACUAAAUGCUCUGCAGCCCUAGUACCCAGCAACACCUGUUACCUGCUAAAUGCUCUGCAACCCUGGUACCCAGCAGCACCUGUUACAAGCUAAAUGCUCUGCAGCCCUGGUAACCAGCAGAACCUGUUACCUGCUAAAUGCUCUUCAGCUGUAAUACAUAGCAGCACCUGUUACUUGUUCUGCUCUGCACUUUGUUAUCAAGCACCAUGUUGCCUUAUCCCUCUCAUGCUCUGCAGCCCUAAUACGUAGCAGAGCUUGCUCCAUGCGCUGCAGCUUUCAAACUUAGCAGAGCCUGCUACCUGCUCUGCAGCUCUCAUCUGCCUAGCAGUCUGCUCCCUGCUCUGCACCUCUCAUACCUAGCAGAGCCUUUUUCUCUGCUCUGCAGCUCUCAUACCUAGCAGAGCCUGCCCCCUACUCUGCAGCUCUCAUACCUAGCAGAGCCUGCUCCCUGCUCUGCAGCUCUCAUACCUAGCAGAGCCUGCUCCCUGCUCUGCAGUAUUAAUGUCCCCCAGUUACAGUGCUGUGCUCUGCAGAGCCUAUUACCUUUCCUGCUGUGCAGUGCGCUGUCUGUGGUGCUGAAUGUGGGCCGUGGCAUGCUGACUCUCCAGGGAGCGCUGUAUAUAGGAAUGUAGGCUGAUACUGAGUAUCUGGAUCACUGAGAGCCCUGACACCAUGCCUGAUAGUCACACAGUGAUUACAUGUUAGAUUCACCCUGACACUAGGUGUCUCUCACCACCUGCCAGUGGGCACAGACUGAACCAACUCCCAUCACUCUCAUAACACAUCUAGCUGGGUGUCAGCUAAUCCAUACUCUCCAUGGUAAAUAAUAAUGGGCCUGUAUGUCCCUGCCAGUCUAAUCCAGGAUACCAAAUGGGGGGAAAGUGUUGCUUUAAUAUUGAGGGCCUUCUUACUGUGAGAUUUGGGGACAGAUAAACGAAACAUUAACUCCCAGAAGAAACCAUUUAUAUCUGAACAAUAUUCCUAAACUAUUAUCUUAUUAACCAGGCAGUAAUCAUCUUAGAGAGAGACUGUGUGCUUAUAUACUGCACACAAAUAACAGCAAUUAACUGCAUUAAAUACAUAGUGUAUAUACAAGAAUAGUAUGAUAUAGAGUUCAGAAUGAAUAACUAACUGUUACCCAGAUACCAUGUGCCCAUGUGUGUAAAGUAUCACAGCUUUAUUGUUAUCUGUGUGUAUAAUGUGAAUAAUGUUUAUUUCACAUGUGGGGUGGUAGAUAAAGCAUUGUUAUUGUGUGUAUAAUAUAUUUGUGUUUAUAUCACUUGAAGUAUUGUUAUCUAUCACUAUGAUUACUGUGUGUAUAAUAUGUUACAGUGCUUAUAUUACAUGUGAACUCAAGGAAAACGUGUUGCCAGUCACUGUAUAUAUGAUGUGUUAUAGUGUGUACAUAUAUAUCACACGUGGAGUGAUGGGUGAAGUAUUGAAUGUUUACUGUCUAUGUAAUAUCAGUGUAUAAUAUGUUAUAGUGUAUAUAUCACACGUGGAGUGAUGGGUGAAGCAUUGUUUACUGUGUAUGUAAUAUGAGUGUAUAAUAUGUUAUAGUGCAUAUAUCACACGUGGAGUGAUGGGUGAAGCAUUGUUUACUGUGUAUGUAAUAUGAGUGUAUAUAUCACACGAGUGAUGGGUGAUGCUUUGUUUAUAUUCUAUAUAAUCCAUGUUACAGUGGAUAUCACAUGUGAAGCUCACAUAUUAUAUACUUUACAUGUACAAUGACAUAUUACUCAAUGCUGCUUACUGCUCAGUGUUUUGUUUAUCAUGGACAUAUUACAAGAUAUUACAGUGUAAAUCUUACUGAACAUUUAGGUAAUUUAGGGGCCAGGUUUCAUGGGUGUCCUGAUCACAGGGAUCUCCUGUUAUCCAACCAAUAUCAUCCCUCAUUGAUCAGGCAGACCCCCUGAUCACAGGGAUCUCCUAAAUGUUAUCUAACCAAUAUCAUCCCUCAUUGAUCAGACAGACCUCCUGAUUACAGGGAUCUCCUAACUGUUAUCCAACCAAUAUCAUCCCCUCAUUGAUCAGACAGACCCCCUGAUCACAAGGAUCUCCUAACUGUUAUCUAACUAAUAUCAUCCCUCAUUGAUCAGACAGACCCCCUGAUCACAUGGAUCUCCUAACUGUUAUCUAACCAAUAUCAUCCCCUCAUUGAUCAGACAGACCUCCUGAUCACAGGGAUCUCCUAACUGUUAUCCAACCAAUGUCAUCCCCUCAUUGAUCAGACAGACCCCCUGAUCACAAGGAUCUCCUAACUGUUAUCUAACUAAUAUCAUCCCUCAUUGAUCAGACAGACCCCCUGAUCACAUGGAUCUCCUAACUGUUAUCUAACCAAUAUCAUCCCCUCAUUGAUCAGACAGACCUCCUGAUCACAGGGAUCUCCUAACUGUUAUCCAACCAAUGUCAUCCCCUCAUUGAUCAGACAGACCCCCUGAUCACAAGGAUCUCCUAACUGUUAUCUAACUAAUAUCAUCCCUCAUUGAUCAGACAGACCCCCUGAUCACAGGGAUCUCCUAACUGUUAUCUAACCAAUAUCAUCCCCUCAUUGAUCAGACAGACCUCCUGAUCACAGGGAUCUUCUAACUGUUAUCUAACCAAUAUCAUCCAUCAUUGAUCAGAUAGACCCCCUGAUCACAGGGAUCUUCUGUUAUCUAACCAAUAUCAUCCCCUCAUUGAUGAGACAGACCCCCUGAUCACAGGGAUCUCCUAAAUGUUAUCUAACCAAUAUCAUCCCUCAUUGAUCGGAUAGACCUCCUGAUCACAGGGAUCUUCUAACUGUUAUCUAACCAAUAUCAUCCCUAAUUGAUCAGACAGACCUCCUGAUCACAGGGAUAUCCUGUUAUCCAACCAAUAUCAUCCCUCAUUAUUCAGACAGACCUCCUGAUCACAUAGGCCUCCAAACUGGUAUCCAACCAAUAUUAUUCUAUAUUGAUCAAAAAUACCUCCUGAUUACAUGGCUCUCCUAACUGUUAUCCAGCCAAUAACAUCCUCUAUUGAUCAGACAGACCUCCUGUUCACAUGGACCUCCUAAGUGGUAUCUAACCAAUAUCAUUCUAUAUUAAUCAAAAUACCUCCUGUUCACAUGAACCUCCUAACUGGUAUAUAACCAAUAUCAUUCUAUAUUGAUCAAAAGACCUCCUGUUCACAUGGACUUACUAACUAGUAUGUAACCAAUAUCAUCCCCUAUUGGUCAAAUGGACCUCCUAACUGGUAUCCAACCAAUAUUAUUCCCUAUUGAUCAGACCGACCUCCUGAUCACAUGGCUCUCCUAACUGUUAUCCAACCAAUAUCAUCCCCUCAUUGAUCAGACUAACCUCCUGAUCACAUGGACCUCCUAAAUGGUAUCUAACCAAUAUCACCCUCUAUUGAUCAAACCAACCUCCUGAUGACAUGGACCUCCUAAAUGGUAUCUAACCAAUACUAUUCCCUGUUGCUCAGACUGACUUCCUGAUCACAUGGACCUCCUAACUGGUAUCUAACCAAUAUUAUUCCCUAUUGAUCAGACUGACCUCCUGAUCACGUGGACCUCCUAACUGGAAUCCAGCCAAUAUCAUCCUCUAUUGAUCAGACUGACCUCCUGAUCACAUGGACCUCCUAACUUGUAUCUUACCAAUAUCACCAGAAUGACUGGAUGAACCAAACUAAGUUGGCUUGAUUAGCUGUGAAAUUGCUUAAUUUUCAAUUAGGGUUUGUGGGAAAUAUAGUAAUCUUACAUAGUUACAUUUUAAUCUAGGUUGAAAAAAGACUAAAGUCUAUCAAGUUAAACCUUAAUAUAAAUAACCUCUAAAUGUCCUUCAGAUUGCCCAAAUUCAGGAUCAGACUUUGUUCCAAAUUCUGAAAUUUAUCAAACUCGUCUCCUUUAAAAAGUGGAACAAAAACCAUAAACAGUGCGAUUCCUACUGUCAAGGUUAUUGCCCAAAUAUUGUAGUGACUUGAACUUUGAAUUUGAAAUACAAGCGAGUGCUAUUCUAGCUACAGAGUGACAAUUUUAGCCUAAGUGUUGUUAUUCAUAUUCUAUCUUGCUGUAAUUCGAGUUUAAUUAAUAAUUUUGUGUAACACAUGUUAUUAUAGAUGGAUCAUGUGUCGCCUGAACAAUGAAGUCUUGUCCAGCACCAUAUUUAAUGUGUAUAAUGCAUGAUAUGGUCUAUUUAUUGCAUGCUAUGCUGUAUAAAUAGUGCAUGCUACGGUGUAUAAAUAUUACAUGCUAUGGUAUAUAUAUCAUGCUACAGUGUAUAUAUUACAUGUUAUGGUGUGUAUAUUACAUGCUAUAGUGUAUAGAGUGCGCUAAGCACUCUGUGGAAACGGCACUGACCAAAGUAUCCAAUGAUCUACUCGCUGCAAAAUCUCGUGGUCACUACUCUAUCCUAAUUCUCCUUGACCUGUCUGCGGCUUUUGACACUGUUGAUCAUCAACAGCUUCUUCUCAUCUACAGCUUCUUCUCAUCUACAAGAUAUUGCUCUCUCCUAGUGCUCCUCCUAACUCGCCCAGCGCUCUUUCAGUGUUUUUUUUUUUUCUGGCUCUGCUUCUUCUCCCCAACUCCUCUCUGUUGGUGUCCCCCAAGGUUCAGUCCUUGGUUCCCUCCUGUUCUCCAUCUAUAUGGCCUCCCUUGGUAAACUCAUUAGCUCCUUUGGCUUCCAAUAUAAUUUCUAUACGGAUGACACGCAAAUCUAUCUGUCCUCUCCUGAUCUCUCCCCGUCCCUCUUGACUAGUGUCUCUGACUGCCUCUCUGCUAUUUCUAACUGGAUGGCUGCCCACUUCCAUAAAUUAAACUUGACCAAAACUGAAAUUCUGGUCUUUCCUCCCUCAAGUGUUGUUACUCCUGUGUCUGUCUCCCUCCAAGUCAACGGUGCUACCAUCAGCUCCACCAUGCAGGCUCGCUGCCUAGGUGUUCUCUUUGACUCCGACAUCUCCUUCAAGCCUCAUGUUCAGCCUAUUGCCAAAUCCUGUCAUUUCCAUCUCAAAAACAUUGCGUGCAUCUACCCCUACUUAACGCCAGAUGCGACUAAGGUGUUGGUCCAUUCCACUGUCCUUUCUCGCCUUGACUACUGUAAUCCGCUUCUCAGUGGUCUUACAUGCUCCCAACUUCCUCCAUCGCAGUCCAUAAUGAAUGCGGCAGCGAGGCUUAUCUUCCUGCCCGCCCGCACCUCCCAUGCCUCACCUUUCUGUCACUCCCUACAUUGGCUUCCUAUAAAAUAUAGAGCUCAAUUUAAAAUUCUGGUUCUUGCUUUCAAAUCGCUACAUAAUGCUGCUCCCACCUAUCUAUCCUCCCUUAUACACAAGUAUGUCCCGUCUAGGCCCUUACGAUCUGCUGAAGACUUACGUCUAUCUUCUGUCCGUACUCCCACCUCUGAUGCUCGUCUUCAAGAUUUCUCAAGGGCUGCACCGUUCAUGGAACUCGCUUCCCUCCGCCGUUAGAUGCUCACCCAGUCUCCACUCCUUCAAAAAAUUGUUAAAAACCCCCUUCUUCAUAAAAGCGUAUCAGUUAAACUGUUAAUAGCUCCUGACUGAUUCCUCUUCUGCAACUGUCACUAGUCUAAUACUAUCCUUACCUUUUUGUGUCAUUUUACCCCACUCAUUGUAAAGCGCUGCGGAUUUGAUGGCGCUAUAUAAAUAACAUAAUAAUAAUAUUACAUGUUAUGGUAUGUAUAUCAUGCUACAGUGUAUAUAUUACAUGUUAUGGUGUAUAUAUUACAUAUUAUAGUGUGUGUGUGUAUGUAUAUAUAUAUAUAUAUAUAACAUGCUACUGUGUUUAUAUUACCUUUUAUGGUGUAUGCAUUGCAUGCUAUGGUGUAUAUGUUACAUGAGGGAUAGUGAAUGAAGCCUUAUUGUUAGCAUGUUUAAUAAGUAUAUAUUACAUAGGGAGAAAUGAAUGAAGUCUUAUGUGAUAUUUAAAAUAGACUGUAUAUAUAACAUACUUUGUUAUACAGGUGAUACUCGAAAAAUUAGAAUAUCGUGCAAAAGUUAAUUUAUUUCAGUAAUGCAACGUAAAAGGGGAAACUAAUAUAUGAGAGACGCAUUACAUGCAAAGCAAGAUAGUUCAAGCUGUGAUUUGCCAUAAGUGCGAUGAUUAUGGCUUGCAGCUCAUGAAAACCCCAAAUCCACAAUCUCAGUAAAUUAGAAUAUUACAUGCAAUUAAUAAAACAAGGAGUGUACAUAGAACAAUAUCGGACCUCUGAAAAGUAUAAGCAUGCAUAUGGACUCAGUACUUGGUUUGGGCCCCUUCUGCAGCAAUUACUGCCUCAAUGCAGCAUGGCAUGGAAGCUAUCAGUCUGUGGCACUGUUGAGGUGUUAUGAAAGACCAGGACGCUUCAAUAGCAGCCUUCAGCUCUUCUGCAUUGUUCUGUCUCAUGUCUCUCAUCUUUCUCUAGGCAACGCCCCAUAUAUUCUCUAUGGGGUUCAGGUCAGGCGAGUUUGCUGGCCAAUUAAGCACAGUAAUCCCACGGUCAUUGAACCAGGCUUUGGUGCUUUUGGCAGUGUGGGCAGGUGCCAAGUCCUGCUGGAAAAUGAAGUCAGCAUCCCCAUAAAGCUCGUCUGCGGAAGGAAGCAUGAAGUGCUCCAAAAUCUCCUGGUAGAUCGCUGCAUUUACCCUGGACUUAAUGAAGCACAGUGGACCAACACCAGCAGAUGACAUGGCUCCCCAAAUAAACACAGACUGUGGAAACUUCACACUGGACUUCAAGCAUCUUACAGUGUGUGCCUCUCCAUUCUUCCUCCAGACUCUGGGUCCUUGGUUUCCAAAUGAAAUGCAAAAUUGUUCUCAUUAGAAAAGAGGACUUUGGAUCACUGAGUAACAGACCAGGUCUGUUUUUCUUUAGCUCAGGUAAGAUGCUUCUGACGUUGUUUGUUGUUCAGGAGCGGCUUGACAAGAGGAAUACGACAUCUGAAUCCCACGUCCAGGAUCCGUCUGUGUGUGGUGGCUCUUGAUGCACUGACUCCAGCCUCAGUCCACUCCUUGUGAAAGUCCCCAACACUUUUGAAUGGCCUUUUCCUGAUAAUCCUCUCCAGGCUGCGGUCAUCCCUGCUGCUUGUGCACCUUUUUCUUCCACACUUUUCCCUUCCACAUAACGUUCUAUUAAUGUGCUUUGAUACAGCACUUUGGGAACAUCCAACUUCCUUCGCAAUUACCUUUUGAGGCUUUCCCUCCUUAUGGAGGGUGUCAAUGAUGGUUUUCUGCACAACUGUCAGGUCAGCAGUCUUCCCCAUGAUUGUGAUUCCUACUGAACCAGACUGAGAGACCAUUUAAAGGUUCAGAAACCCUUUGCAGGUGUUAUGGCUUACUUAGCUGAUUAGAGUGGGACACUGUGAGCCUAGAAUAUUGCACCUUUUCACAAUAUUCUAAUUUACUGAGAUUGUGGAUUUGGGGUUUUCAUGAGCUGUAAGCCAUAAUCAUCGCACUUAUGACAAAUCACGGCUUGAACUAUCUCGCUUGGCAUGUAAUGCGUCUCUCAUAUAUUAGUUUCCCCUUUUACGUUGCAUUACUGAAAUAAAUGAACUAUUGCACGAUAUUCUAAUUUUAGCGUAUCACCUGUAUAAAUUACAUUCUGUGGGGUGUAUAUCACUUGCUGUUGUCUAUAUAAUACACUCUAUGGUGUGUGUGUAUAUAUAAUAUUAUGUGGUCUAUAUAUUACACUUUAUGGUGUAUAUAUCACAUACUUUUGUAGCGGACCACGGGUAACCCGACUGGUUACCUCCCCUAGUACCUUCCUUCAGCCACUCUGGAACCAUCAGCACAAGUGAAUACUCAUUCCCCCAAUAACCAGACGAAACAUAGUCCUGGGAGUCAACUGAACUGAACUGUUUAAUGGGACAUGGUACAGCCAAUUUAUCCACAGACCUCCAUACAAUUACACAAAACUUUCACCAAUGGGAAUACAGAACAGGUCACAGAGAAAGUACUACAAAGCAACAAAGUGAUUCCUUACACUAGUUACCACCUCCCCCUGUGCCAAUACACCAUGACUACAAAAGGUUAUCUUGGUUGGACCCCCUGUCCCUUCAGAGCCAUCUCUGGUUACAUCAGCACAGCCCUUUGCUGUAUUAGGUAGACUUGCUGGCUCCCACAGCAGGUGGUCUCUCCCAGUGCAGAAUUUAACUCUAUUAACACAUAAUCAUUUCACACCUGACUAUAGUUUAUAGAGCUGCUGCCCCCCCUUUGUUGACCCGCAGCUGGAUAUACAGACACACACAUUGCUAUACGUAUAAUACAGGUACCCAAUACAGCGAUAUCUAGAUACAUGGAAAACAGUCACAAAAAUGGCGCUGCAAGCUUGUGGCUUGCGCCAAACAAAUCAGGCCAUCCAUCACAUAUAAUAGACAGAGCUGUGGCCAGACCCACAAUGGGCCUGCAACAAGUCUGUUAGACCCCCCUGAGCCCACAGUCCAAGUGGGUGGGCACAUAUUGGCAUGGUACUCAGUGACGGCGUACCAUCACAACUUUGUUGUAUAUAUUACACUUUAUGGUGUAUAUAUCACAUGUUGUGGUCUAUAAUAUAGUAAAUGGUAAGCAAUGAACAAAGCUUUAUUGCCCAGCACUGUGUUUAUUGUAUAUUAUAGUGUACGUAUCAAACGUGGAGUAAUGGGCGGAGUGUUAUUGUCUGGUUCCAUGUUUACUGAAUAGAUAAUAUUUUAUAUUCUCUACAUGUAUCGUGUGGAUUCAUGGAAGAAGACUCAUUAUAUCUCUUGUUUGUUCUGUCUGUAGAUCACCUUGUGAAGUUUACCGAUCGACUGCAUCUCUGUUUCAGCAAUGGAUUUCCCUCUGCCCGACACGCCUUUCCAGGCUGACUUCCUGCGGGAGCUGCUCAUGAAUUCCUCGUUACUUAACCUGAGCUCUCACUGGUUCGCCAAUAGCACCGGGGACCGAUUCCUUCCACUAGGCAUUCAGGUCACCAUCGUGGUGGUCUAUCUGAUCGUCUGUGUGGUGGGACUUGUUGGCAACUGUGCCGUGAUGUUUGUCAUCGUCAGGUAAGUCACAGUCAGAGCAGGACACGAGUCACCUCUCUUUUCAAGUUUCAGUUUUUUUCCCUAAUUUAUUGGCAAGUGUAACUUCUAGACUUGAGCACUGUGAUAAUAUUCAGCUCAGCCAAACCAAUGUUUCCAAAAAGAAAAAUUUGUACAAAAUUUUUUUAGGGCCACCAAAUUUCGUCCGAAUGUCAGUUCGGCUUGGCAGAAUUUUGGAACCAGGAUUCCGAUUUGAGAACUGAAUCAGAAGAACAAAAAGCAUUAUGUAUAUACUUUCACAGAUCCAAUGAGAAAGAUUAACCAAUACAGGGAUAACGAGAUAAAAUAUAAUACAUAUAUGUAGAUUUUAUUCACUCCCCCUCCUGUUUCCCCUAUAUUGAUUGCUUCUAACUUGAUCUGUGAAUACAAUCAACACUUAGUGAUUGUCCCCUAGUCAUUAGUCAUCUUUUUUACCAUUAAACAUCUGUUUUUAUUUUGCUGCCACGGGUGUAAUUCAGAAUCACAAUCCCAAACUGAAGACGUUCGACUUUGCACAGCUCGUUUGGUCCAUCAUUCGGGGAUAUUUUGGCUCAGAAUAUGGAAAUUCAACCGACCACCUUAUUGGCCAAAAUUUUGCCGAAUUGCGGUCUGGUCCAAAACAAAUCUCCAAGUCCAGUAAUUUCUAUGAUAUUAUAUAACUGGUAUUGAAGAUGGUUCAGGAUCAUAAACACCGAACACUGUUUCCAGUAGGAGGAACCUUUCCGUGUUUGGAUACAGAGUUGGUCUUUUUGUUUUGAACAGAGUGAAUUAAAGGGACUUCUGACCUCUCCGGAAUUUACACCAUAAAAACAUUUAAAAUUACCUCUAGUUGAUAACCUUUUUUCAGGAUAUGCUUUUUUUUCCUUUUACAUUUAUACUAAAGAUUCAGCAAGGGACAUCAUAAUCCAGUUCAGGCAAGGCACAGCCAGGGCACACAAUGCAAAUGAAGAGAAGAAAUAGAAACAUUGUUUAAAUGCUCCUCCUCUGUACGCUCUCUCGGUGCCGACUGCCAGGUGCAAAGGGCGGGACUUAAAAUUAAUAAUUUGCUACGUUUCAUUUUAUUUUUACACCUCAGAAUUGCAUUUUUUUGAAAAAUAUAUGAAUAAGUAAGCAUAGUAUUAAAAUUCUGGGAAGGUUCAAUUCCCCUUUAAGAGGCUUGCCAAGGCUAAUACUUUCAUCUCCGGGCCCCAAUUUCAAAUCUAAACCUCUACAAAGACAGCUCUUAGUUAAACAAACACUCUAAACCACUUCCUGGUUCCUACUCCGAGCAUUCCAUAUGACAUGAUAAGGACAGAUAAAGCCCCUAAUAUCUGAUUUCAGCCAUUAAUCGUGGUGUACGGUUAUAGUCCCAGAGGAAUUUCCUUAGCUAUACUUAGCUAUCAAAGCUGGAUGCUCACCAAUUCUACUCUAAUGGGAUUUAUAUUCUGACAGAUUUCAACCUUUUAGCUGAUAUACACGGAUAUGCACUAAAAUGUGAUUUGUUGGGAAUUCAAAGAACGUUUCAAAUUUUAGACUGAAAUACGUAAACUGAAAAUAUGGCCAGUUUGGAGAAUUCUUCAAGUUCAGCUAUUUGGGCCUAAAAAAAACAAAACAAACCGGCAUAGAAAAGUAAAGCACUUUGCUAGGUGAUUGUUAAAGGGACACUCAACUGCCCAAAUACAAAAUAAAUCAAAAUCACUGUUUAGUAGAUUUGCCUCAAAUGUACAUGUACAUGCAUUUAAUUAUGUAUUUUUUCAUUGGAGUUAUAUCUAAAAACAGUUUAUAAAAUCUACAGAUCUAUUGUCUGCAGCCUUUGCAAGCCCUCCCUUUUUAAACCCACCCAGACUUUCUGUGGCUGUCCAAUCACAGACUUCCCAAUGCAGCUCAAUGAGAAGUCUGUGCAAGGCAGGUGUUCUGGGCAAUUGCUGUCUCUUAAUCCCUUAAGGACCAAACUUCUGGAAUAAAAGGGAAUCAUGACAUGUCACACAUGUCUUGUGUCCUUAAGGGGUUAAAGGCCAUCUGCAUUGAGGUAAAGAAACCAGGAAGUAACAUUACCUGUUAUCUGCUAGAAAGUCAAGGGGGUGUGACCAGAUUACUUUAUAAAAGUGUCAAUUUCUAUUGAAAUCUGCACUAUUUGCAAAAUGAAGAAAAAAAAGAGGACACACUGUUCACACAUAAAGCUCUCCAGCAAUAUAAAGUUGUUUAGGGGUCUAGAGUGAUUGUUUUGUAAAUUGAUCUUUCAACAUGUGGGAAAUGGAUAUUAUGAAAAUAAUAAAUUAUAAUACUCUUAGCUAUUGUUUUGCAGAAGGAUCACUACUAAAUGGUUUGUAAAGUAAAGUGAAACUGAUGAUAUUUAUUGGAAAAAAAUCCUGUCCCCACAUUGUAUAAUUUAAAUAUAAAAUGACAUGUAAUAUAGUCUUGCUGUCGGCCAUCUUUGGUUGGAAACUCACUUAUCAGCAAAAACCGCGCACAACGUGAAGGCCUGAGAGGGCACUAUAUGAGAUACUAGGUGCUUGCACGUGGUGUUAGGAUUCAUCAACUCAUACUGGCUUUUACUUACAUGCAGGGUUUCGGUCGGAUAAGCUAGGCUUCUGACCAAAAGAGACUUAAAUAUGGCAUCGCAUAGAGCAAACAAAAACACAAGGAGACACAUUGAAAUGAGGCAUUCGCUUGGGUAAAAAUAUAUGAAAUUCAUAAACAAUUCAUCUCCUAACACCUUCCAAACCUAUAAAUACCUGCCGCUGUCAAUUUAUAUGUGACAGCUGUAAAAAUCAAGCCGCCUGCUUUCUGAUUCAAAGCUCUUGUUGUCAAGUGAUGUAAUGUUUGAGAUUCAAAGUUGUCGUUUAUAUACAUAUAUAUAUCUGUUAAAUUUUGUGAGCUUUGAGUUUGCUGUUUUAGUGAGUGAGUGAAUGCGCUGGAUAGUAUAUGAUAUUUGGGCAGACUAGAUGGGCCGAAUGGUUCUUAUCUGCCGUCACAUUCUAUGUUUCUAUGUUUCUAUGUUUCUAUAUAUAUAUAUGAAACCAAGAGGGCUGCACUCACCUGAACAUGCAUACAUUGUAGGGUGCUGCUGGGGCUAAAAUAUACAACAUACAAAAUACACAACCCAGCGCACUAUAUAUAGAUAGAUAGAUAGAUAGAUACACAUAUAUAAACACACAGUAUUUCAGACUUUGUUCUAGCCAUGUCAGGCUUAAACUUAAAGGUCUACAAUACCCAUUAAAUGUCUGAAUAUUCUAAUCACCAAAUUAGUCAACACAACUGGAUUUCCCUAUACUUGUGAUUGUGUCAAACUCACCAAGGAAUCUGAAAUUCUAGGCUGAAAUAGUAAAAAUUCUCUAAUUUUCCCAUUAUUCCAGGCCAUUUCUGGUCUAAUAUUAAACAUGUUUGCCUAUUGCUACAAUUUUCAGUUCAGUAAAUGAAUUACAGGGUAAUAUCUUCCCCACCUAGCACAUUGCAGAAUAUGACAUACCGAGUACAUUAAUGUGUUCUCCAAAUCUCCUCCAAAUUUAAUAUUGAAUCUGGCAAGUGUGGAGGAGGCAGGCAACUAUCUGGGUUAUAAAUCUAGGUCCUUCGUAGACUAAUGCUUAGUGAGAAAUGUUGGUUUGUCCAAUCAUUUAUUUAACGACAGAAACAUUUUCGGGAUGCCUAAAAUUUGGCCGGAUGUCAGUUUGACUCAGAAAUCAAUUCAGAAAAUAAAUCAGAAGAACAAUAUAACAAGGUGUGAAAAUGGGCCAAUCCGUCUACUGCAAAAUAUAUAUAUAUCAUAUGAUAUAUGAUCUAAUAUGAUAUAAUAUAAUAUGAUAUGGUGUAAUCUAAUAUGAUAUGAUAUAAUAUGAUCUAAUCUGAUAUGAUCUAAUCCAAUCUAAUCUGAUAUGAUCUAAUCUAAUCUAAUAUGGUAUGCUAUAAUAUGGUCUGAUAUGAUAUGGUAUAAUCUAAUAUGAUAUGAUAUAAUAUGAUCUGAUAUGAUAUGGUAUAAAAUAAUAUUAUAUGAUCUAAUCUAAUCUAAUCUGAUAUGAUAUAGUCUGAUAUGAUAUGGUAUAAUCUAAUAUUAUGUUAUAUAAUAUGAUCUGAUAUGAUAUGGUAUAAUCUAAUAUGAUAUGAUAUAAUAUGAUAUGAUCUAAUCUACUAUGAUAUAAUAUGGUCUGAUAUGAUAUGGUAUAAUAUAAUAUGAUAUAAUAUGAUAUGGUAUGAUAUGAUCUAAUCUAAUAUGAUAUAAUAUGAUUUUAUAUGGUCUGAUAUGAUAUUUUUAUAAUAUAAUGUAAUAUGAUAUAAUAUGGUCUGAUAUGAUAUGAUAUGGUAUAAUAUAAUAUGAUAAUACGAUAUAAUAUGAUCUAAUAUGAUAUGGUAUGAUAUGAUCUAAUCUGAUAUGAUCUAAUCUAAUUUAAUAUGAUAUGAGAUAAUAUGGUCUGAUAUGAUAUGGUAUAAUAUAAUAUGAUGUAGUAUGAUCUAAUAUGAUAUGAUAUAGUAUUAUAUGAUAUGAUAUAAUCUGAUCUCAUAUGGAAUAAUAUAAUAUGAUAUGAUAUACUAUGACAUGAUAUAAUAUGAUCUGAUAUGAUAUAGUUUGAUGUGAUAUAGUAUGAUAUGAUCUGAUAUGAUAUCAUAUAUAAUAUGGUUUUAUAUGAUAUGGUAUAAUCUAAUCUGAUAUGAUAUAAUAUAGUCUGAUAUGAUAUAACAUGAUAUGAUAUAAUAUGGUCUGAUAUGAUAUGGUAUUAUAUAAUAUGAUAAAAUAUGGUCUGAUAUGAUAUGAUCUAAUAUGAUAUGAUAUAGUAUUAUAUGAUAUGAUAUAAUCUGAUUUUAUAUGGUAUAAUAUAAUAUGAUGUUAUAUAAUCUAAUAUGAUAUGAUAUGGUCUGAUCUGAUAUAGUAUAAUAUAAUAUGAUAUGAUAUAGUAUGAUAUGAUAUAAUAUGAUGUAAUAUGAUACAAUAUGAUACAAUAUGAUACAAUAUGUGUAUAUUUUGCAGUACUCUACAUUUUCCCACAAUUUGGUUCACAGAUCACAUGAGAACAAUAAUCAAUAGCAGGGUAAACAUGAGAAGCGGUACUAAUGAUUUAUUAAAUAUAUAAAUAUAGAUUGUAUUUACUGGCCCUCCUGUUUCCCCUGUAUUGAUCACUUCUCACUUGAUCUGUGAGUAAAAUAAACACUUAGUGACUGUCCCCUAGCCAUCAAUUGUCUUUUUUACCCAUCAGUCAUUCCCAUUAUUACAUCAGACACCUCAUUAUUACACCAGCUAUCCCAUUAUUUUACUUGGCACCCCAUUAUUACACUGGCCACCAUAUUAUUACACCAAUCACCCCAUUAUUACACUGAACACCAUAUUAUUUCACCAGUCACCCCAUUAUUUUACUUGACACCCCAUUAUUACACUGAACACCAUAUUAUUACACCAGUCACCCCAUUAUUUUACUUGACACUCUAUUAUUACACUGAACACCAUAUUAUUACACCAGUCACCCCAUUAUUUUACUUGACAGCCCAUUAUUACACUGGCCACCAUAUUAUUACACCAGUCACCCCAUUAUUUUACUUGAUACCCCAUUAUUACACUGAACACCAUAUUAUUACACCAGUCACCCCAUUAUUUUACUUGACACUCUAUUAUUACACUGAACACCAUAUUAUUACACCAGUCACCCCAUUAUUUUACUUGACAGCCCAUUAUUACACUGGCCACCAUAUUAUUACACCAGUCACCCCAUUAUUUUACUUGGCAUUUGGAGACUCUGUCUUAAAUAAAUUAUUAUUCUGAAGAAUAUUUACAUUUUGUAAUAUUUUGCUAUAUUGAUAUAUAUGUAUUAAUAAAUAUUAUUUUUUUUAAAUAUAUUUUAUUAUUUUGAAAAAAUAAUUAUUAAAAAAAGUUUAUCCAAAAAUAUAAAAUCGUUUAAAAAGCUUUUCCAACAAUAAUAAAAUCGAGACCAAAGUGUUUAAUGGAAAUAAUCAUUCAUGAAUCCUCUGCCCAUUCUCUGAAAGUUAAAAUCCCCUCUCUACGUUAACCUCAACCACUUCCACUGGAAGCAGAUUCCCUGUACCCACCACUUCUUGUUGCAGAAUAGCCCUAUUCCUACCCUAUUAAUCACGUUUCAUGUGCUUUACUGUAUUAGCCUCUACCACCUCUGCUGGCAGGAGUUUAAUGUAUCCACCUCCUUUACUAUGGCUCCCCGUGCUGGGCUUAGCCAUGCAAGCCUCUCAUGUUGUGUAGGAUGGAUCCUGAGCAGUUGCCACAGAAACCUGUUUCAGUUCAUAUCAGCCUCCCUGGCCAGCACAGCCCUCCCUUCUUUCAGGUAGCUAGCCAGUUGUGAAAGGAAUACAAUUGUGCUUCUAUGGAAACUCACAGAAUUUUAAUGAUUGACCCAGUGCUGUCAGGAAAUGGGAGACAUGCAAGUGGGCUGAGGGGAGACCUGCGACAUGCUCUACCCUAAUGAAAUCCAGCCAUCGAUCGAACCUGCCACUAAUCAAUGUGUGCUGUGAUUAAUUAGCAUCCUGAACCCUCAACACUUCUCAUCAUACACAAGGACAGCGUAGGAGAGGGAUUGGGGGACUACAGACACCCCGAAUGUCGUUACUGAGCUUAGGUUGUCAGAUAACACAAAUCCCCCCAGUUUUGGAUUUAUUUAUAAAUAUAUAGUUUGCAUAAAUCCACUGGAUCUUUUACGCCUUGUGUUUUGGUUUAGUGUGUCGUUCUUAUUUUGUAACAGUCCCCAAGAUAUGUGACUAACUGUCUUAAAUUGUCUUUCUGCUGUUUGUGCAAAUCACUAUUCAUUCAUCUAUUCGGACCCGAUAAAUUGUAUCUUCAACUAACAAAACCAGAAUUGUGGUACCGGUAAUUAACAAAACUGGAAUUGUGGGAACUAACAAACAAAAUUAUGGGAAUUAACAAAACCAGAAUUGUGUGGAUUCACAAAACUGGAAUUGUGUGAAUUAACAAAACUGGAAUUUUGGGAAUUAACAAAAACAGAAUUGUGGGAACUAACAAAAAUGGAAUAAUGGGAAUUGGCAAAAUGUAGACCAAACUAGCCAAUUUAGAAAAAUAAAUCUCCUUAUCAGUGAUUUUUCACACUCUGCUAUUUUUUCUGUCCUAAACAUUGCAAUUCUCUUGUUUAAUGAAUAGUCCCCUUGGAGAAUUCCUACAGGAUUUGCCUCUUCUCGUUGAUAGAUUUUGAUGAUUACUAUUGACAUCAAAUCCCAUUAUUCAUUGAAUCCAGAAAAUUAAUUCACAUCGAGCUUGUUUGUACAACACAAUUUUCUUUUUCAUGUAUCUAAUUCAGUGAUUCUUAAUGUUUUUUUGACAUGGGCCCAAAUUAGACAAAUUCCAUUAGCGUGGUGACCCAAUCAUCAUUCCCAAAUUGAACUCAGUGACCCACAGUGUCGGCGGAGGUCUAUACUGCAUUGGGGAAAUGAAUGAAAACAGUAAACAACUUAGAGACGGCUUACUGGAGACUGAAUAUUAUGAUCCUUCGGCUCCCACAAGUUAUAACCCAAAACAAUGAUAUGAAGUUAUGGGUCCUGAACCAAGAGUUAAGAACCAAGGCUCUAAUCCACUGUGUUCAGCACCGAUAACAAAUAUAGACCCAGCGUCCUCAUCUUUCGAGGGAAGAUUUGCUCAUACAUUCAUUCCUUCCUCACCUUUGAAGCUUUUAGCUUCAGAAGGAAGAACGAGGGCGUAGAGGUGAGAUAAUUACAGAUCAGUGAAUAAUUAUUGAGGAUUUGUAAUAAAACACACAAGGUGGAGCUCUGCAAAGGAAAAACACUCCAUAAUUUAUAUGGGGAAUAUCUCCGAGACGCAAAUAUGCAAAACAGCGAAUAAUAUUAAUGUAAAAAUAAAAACUACACAAAAACCUAAAAUUCAGAAUAGAGAGAUGCGAUGAUUUGCUAUAGAAGGCUGCAGUUAUAGACCGUUACACCCAGUUAAUGAGCCAUGUUUGUACAUAGUGUAUUGAUCUGAUAUGUUUUGAUUUAUUGAUUAACAUAAUGUAAAAAUGAUCACCUUCAAGCAGCUAAUGAGCUAUUGGAAAUGAAUAAAUAAGUAAGGGAUGAAGCUGAAUGGCUGCAUUGUGGACAGUUGAGACCUGUAUUAGGAUGUGUCUGGCCACACUUGGCCGGUCCCUUGCGCACUCCAACGAUACUCUGUAAUUCUUUACAGUGUAAUCAGCAUUAGGCAUAUUAAAUCUUAAAUCCCAACAUGUCACAUGGACAGAUGGGAAACUUACAUUUGAGAGGAUGGGGCUGCUGAUGCGAUUGGAGGCAGGAUUAUUGACAAACAUUAAAUAUUUGUGCCUAGUGGUAACCAUCCAAUUUAAAACAAGAUCAAUGUAUCUUAUUUUCACAGACUGAUUUCUAAACACGUUUAUUGUAGUUUUUAUUGAUAUGAAGCCCUGUUAUACAUUUAGACACAGAGGGAUUUUGGGUCCAAAAUAGGGACAGUCCCGACUACGUAGGGACACUUGGCAGGUAUACUGGAUUGCAUGCUCCAAGGAUUUGUCUUCAUUGUUUGCAGAUUUCAAUAUAUAACAUCGUUUCCCUGUACUGUCUGUCAGUUAGUUAGUAGGGCAGGUGCAGCACUGGCUGUUUCUAGGUUAUGAUAAAACAUCAUUUUGACAAUAAUUGCUGUGCGAGAUACAUUGUUUGUUUAAAGCAUUGCGUUAACAUUCCAUUAAGAACUGGGUGAUUAUGAAAUAUUACAGAGCAUCAUGGUGGGGUCUUUACUCAGGAGACUGAGAGAUAUUUCAACUGGCAAUAACUUUGUUAAAGGAAUGACGUAUCAUAGUAAUAAGGUUAAUAAAAGGCGUGAGAUACUAACUACACCUUCCAAGUGUCCUCAUUUAGAAGGGACAGUCUCUAGUUUAGGCCUAAAUCCAUCUGUCCCUCUUUUCUAUCCUAAUGUCCCUCUUUUCUAUGAGCUCCAUAUUGUUGGUGUGUCUGAGUGUAUAACAGAGCUCCACAGUAAUAAUACUCCCAGUAAUGUGACUGAGUGUAUAACAGAGCUCCACAGCAAUAAUACUCCCAGUAAUGUGUCUGAGUGUAUAACAGAGCUCCACAGCAAUAAUGCUCCACAGCAAUAAUACUCCCAGUAAUGUGUCUGAGUGUAUAACAGAGCUCCACAGCAAUAAUACUCCCAGUAAUGUGUCUGAGUGUAUAACAGAGCUCCACAGCAAUAAUACUCUCAGUAAUGUGUCUGAGUGUAUAACAGAGCUCCACAGCAAUAAUACUCCCAGUAAUGUGUCUGAGUGCAUAACAGAGCUCCACAGCAAUAAUACUCCCAGUAAUGUGUCUGAGUGCAUAACAGAACUCCACAGCAAUAAUACUCCCAGUAAUGUGUCUGAGUGUAUAACAGAGCUCCACAGCAAUAAUACUCCCAGUAAUGUGUCUGAGUGUAUGACAGAGCUCCACAGCAAUAAUACUCCCAGUAAUGUGUCUGAGUGUAUAACAGAGCUCCACAGCAAUAAUACUCCCAGUAAUGUGUCUGAGUGUAUAACAGAGCUCCACAGCAAUAAUACUCCCAGUAAUGUGUCUGAGUGUAUAACAGAGCUCCACAGCAAUAAUACUCCCAGUAAUGUGUCUGAGUGUAUAACAGAGCUCCACAGCAAUAAUACUCUCCCAGUAAUGUGUCUGAGUGUAUAACAGAGCUCCACAGCAAUAAUACUCCCAGUAAUGUGUCUGAGUGCAUAACAGAGCUCCACAGCAAUAAUACUCCCAGUAAUGUGUCUGAGUGCAUAACAGAACUCCACAGCAAUAAUACUCCCAGUAAUGUGUCUGAGUGUAUAACAGAGCUCCACAGCAAUAAUACUCCCAGUAAUGUGUCUGAGUGUAUGACAGAGCUCCACAGCAAUAAUACUCCCAGUAAUGUGUCUGAGUGUAUAACAGAGCUCCACAGCAAUAAUACUCCCAGUAAUGUGUCUGAGUGUAUAACAGAGCUCCACAGCAAUAAUACUCCCAGUAAUGUGUCUGAGUGUAUAACAGAGCUCCACAGCAAUAAUACAAACAGUAAUGUGUCUGCGUGUAUAACAGAGCUCCACAGCAAUAAUGCUCCACAGCAAUAAUACUCCCAAUAAUGUGUCUGAGUGUAUAACAGAGCUCCACAGUAAUAAUACUCCCAGUAAUGUGACUGAGUAUAUAACAGAGCUCCACAGCAAUAAUACUCCCAGUAAUGACUCUGAGUCUAUAACAGAGCUCCACAGUAAUAAUACUCCCAGUAAUGUGACUGACUAUAUAACAGAGCUCCACAGCAAUAAUACUCCCAGUAAUGUGCCUGAGUGUAUAACACAGCUCCACAGCAAUAAUACUCCCAGUAAUGUGUCUGGGUGUAUAACAGAGCUUCACAGCAAUAAUACUCCCAGUAAUGUGUCUGCGUGUAUAACAGAGCCCCACAGCAAUAAUACUCCCAGUAAUGUGUCUGCGUGUAUAACAGAGCCCCACAGCAAUAAUACUCCCAGUAAUGUGUCUGCGUGUAUAACAGAGCUCCACAGCAAUAAUACUCCCAGUAAUGUGUCUGGGUGUAUAACAGAGCUUCACAGCAAUAAUACUCCCAGUAAUGUGUCUGCGUGUAUAACAGAGCCCCACAGCAAUAAUACUCCCAGUAAUGUGUCUGAGUGUAUAACAGAGCUCCACAGCAAUAAUACUCCCAGUAAUGUGACUGAGUGUAUAACAGAGCUCCACAGCAAUAAUACUCCCAGUAAUGUGACUGAGUGUAUAACAGAGCCCCACAGCAAUAAUACUCCCAGUAAUGUGACCGAGUAUAUAACAGAGCUCAGAGAAUCUAAAUUUACAUCCAAGCUUAAUAUUCCCGAGAAAUGUUAAACAAAUAGAGGGUUAGGCAUUAAACUGGGAAUUUUGGAAAUGUCACAAGUGGUUUGAACAUUUUAGUAUAAGCUAACUAAUUUGGAGAGAUUCCCCAUCUCAGUUAAUUUUCCAGAUUGCUCCAUUUUUUUACUUGGACAAUUCUCCAUAAUUCUCUGUUAAGGACAAAUCCCGCUAAGGAUUGAUUUUCCAAUGUGUGCUUUGGAAGCGAUAUCUGCACUAAAAUGACCUUUUGUUAUAAGAUGCGUUUGCUGCGGGCCCACUGUCCGUUUAAUCUUGGCGGCCUCUGUAAGCACCGUGAUGUUCUGGCUGAUGGUUUAACGACCUGAAAAUACCAUUUGCUUAUCAUUUAGAUGGGUGUUUAUCAAACAGAUUGAUUUUGUUCUGGUCUCAGCAGAUAUGGUGUCCGAAUGUCAAUUUUAAUGACUCCCAUUAGAUUAAAGGGCUAGACUGCUGCUGUAGGCAGAUAGAUUGGACCUGUGAGCACACUGACAGGGUUAAUUUUUAUGUGAUAACUGGCGUAAGGAGUAAGGAUGCAUUCAUUAGAUACAAAACAAAUCUAUUGAUCUAUUGGUGUAAUAAGUCUGCCCUCGGCCAUGCUUGGCUAGUUACCAUUCAGUAAGCUAGCCCAGAGCAAGGAAGGCUAGCUCUAAUACUGUGUUAGGCUGUCAAAGGGUCUGUUGCAUUUAGAAUUUAUUGGUUAUUUAAUAGAUGGACACAGGGUAGUUUUUCUGCGUGAUAACGCACAUAUCGUUCUUCCCACAAAUCAAGUGCUGGGUGCAAAUGUAAAUUUUUAUAUUCUAACCCAAAGAGAAAUACCAUUUACUAUAUUUUAAUAUUGCGAAAUCCAUGUUGGAAAUGUAGGUUAAUAAAACAAAAAAUGUUUUCUAGUUUGAAUUAAAGUCCACAAAUGUAUCUAUUCAUCUGCCCAUUCAUCCCGCAACUAUAUCUUUUAUCUGCUGUUUAGUAAAUACAUAAAACCUCGGGUGUUGGGCUCAGGCGGUGAGUUCCCUCAAUAUGUUUGUGUAUUACAUGCUGGAAUGCUAAAGGACCUUCACGGGAAAGCUGCUUGAUUAUCACACGGCCAACUGAUGUCUCCACUAUAGAUAGAGAGUGUAUUCUCCCAUCUCAUCACAUUCCAAUAAUUCACUGACUGCCCCCGGGGGGUUCAUGCAUGUGAGAUAGUGAGCAGUUACUGGCUCGAUCUGUAUAACGCGGGACCUGCUAAUGGCCAGAUACCAUGAAUAAGCUGGCAUAGCUCAGAAUGAUAGCUCAUACGAAGCAUGCAUGGCUUCUGUAAAUCAUCUCUCAUCAAGCAAUGCUUUGUUUAACUCCACAUUCUGUAUCCACCGGCACAUUGUACAAGUAUUCCGAAGAUGAAACAUCAAGUCUCCAGUAGGAGUUUUUACAUAUUGAUUCCCGACUCAGACCCCAAACCGCUGAAACCUGAAUGAGGAAAAUGGAAAGUUUUGAUCUGAGUACAAUCAUUCUAUCCAUUCAUCCAUCAUACAAUUUAGGAACAAAUAAGUGCACCUAAAUAACAAACUAAUGUCCACCUCUCAUUUAAGUGAAUUGAGCUUUUACACGUUGAAGAGUCACUCAACUACAUUUCUAGAACAUCCUAACAGCAGAAUCCCAUUAUAAUCCAUUAUUCUUACUGUUGAUCUCUGUAAAACUGUUUAGGGCCAGGGUUUUAAGAAUUAAAAAAUAAAAUUACUAAAUUUGCUUUGAAAUAGAGAGAAGAGAAUUGGGUGUUUAUAUGCUUCCCUUAGAUCUUCUGUGCAGUUCUUCAGCCGAUAUCCCACUUCUGACACCUGAUUCCUAAUAUAGGGUGUACCUUGAGCUAGCAUUUUAGAUAUCAGGUUAUAAAAAUGGGCUAUAUCCUUCGGGUGGCUGUAAGGAGGCUAUGGUUCUAGAGCCACCAAAGUAGAUCUCUAGGAGCCGUAGACUCACAGUAAAUACUGUAAAACAUAAGUAAAUAAACUGAUCUAACAAACCUCUGCCCCUUAACCCCUUAAGGAUGGAGUCAAAUGUACACGUUGUGAACAAAACAAAAUGUAAACAAAACCUGGCAUUUGCGCUACAUGUCUGUCCAACCGUAAUUCACCUCUUUCAUAGUAAAUGCACCCACCCUUAUUAUAUAUCAUUUUAUUCAUGGGAAACAGGGCUUUCAUUUAAUAUCAAAUAUUUAGCUAUGAAACAUAAUUUAAUAUAAAAAAAAUGGUAAAAAAUACGAUUUUUUUUGAUUUUUUUAGUUCUACAUGACAUUUUAAAAGUCAGUGUCAUAAUACUGUUUGCUUUUACUGCAAUAAAAUACACAUAUUUGUAUUCAGUAAAGUCUCACGUAUAAAACAGUACCCCCUAUGUACAGGUUUUAUGGCAUUUUGGGAAGUUACAGGGUCAAAUAUAGAACGUUACAUUUGAAAUUGAAAUUCGCCAGAUUGGUUACGUUGCCUUUGAGACUGUAUAGCAGUCCGAACGAAAUUACACCCAUAAUGGUAUGUACCAUUUGCAAUAGUAGACAAACCCAAGGUAUGCAAAAUGGGGUAUGUCCAGUCUUUUAGUAGCCAUUUGGUCACAAACACUACAAAAGUUAGUGUUAGUAUUUGUUUGUGUGUGAAAAUGCAAAAACGCCAAUUUUGGCCAAAGUGUUGUGACUAAGUGGCUACUUCAAAGACUGGACAUACUCUGUUUGCAAUACCUUGGGUUGUCUACUAUUGCAAAUGGUAUGCCAUCAUAGGGGUAAUUUUCAUUCUUGGGCUACCAUAGGGUCACGAAGGCAACGUAACCAAUCUGGCGAAUUUUAAUGUGAAAAAAAUGAAACACAAGCCCUUAUAUUUGACGCUGUAACUUUUGAAAACACCAUAAAACCUGUACAUGAGGGGUACUGUUGUACUCGGGAGACUUCGCUGAACACAAAUAUUUGUGUUUCAAAACAGUAAAAAGUAUCACAGCAAUAAUAUUGUCCGUGUAAUGCUGUUUGUGCGUGAAAAAUGCAAAAAACGUCACUUUUACUGGCGAUAUCAUCGUUGUAAUACAUUUUACUGUUUUGAAACACUAAUAUUUGUGUUCAGCGAAGUCUCCCGAGUAGAACAGUACCCCCCAUGUACAGGUUUUAUGGUGUCUCGGAAAGUUAUAAGGUUAAAUAUGGUGCUAGCAAAUUAAAUUCCAUUUACUUUCGGCAUGGGUUGUCAUGCAGGUCCUGCUAAUUGUAAUUAAUUAAGAUACCUAAUUAUGUAAAAAUAUUACAUAAAUAUAUAUGUAGAAUUAAUAUAUGUAUAUAUAUACGUAUGUGUAUAUAUAUAUGUAUAUAUCUAUAUAAUUUUUAAAAAAUAUUUUUAUUUAUAUAUAGGUAUAUAUAUAGUGAUAUAUACGUAUAUAUUUAUGUAUAUAGAUAUAUAUAUUAUUUCGUUCUACAUGUAUUUUGAUAUAUAUAUAUAUAUAUAAUUUCACAAUACAGUUAGAACGAAAUAACACACAUCUAUAUAUUUUUAAUUAUUUAUUUUUAAUUAUUUUUUUAAUUUUAUUUUUUAACGUAUUUACAUUUUUAUUUUUUUUAUAUUAUAUAUAAAUAUAUAUAACAAUAAUUAUAUAUAUAUUUAAUCAGUAUCAGUCUACGUGUAAUUUGAUAUUAAUAUAUAUAUUAUAUAUAUAUUAAUAGUAAAAUACACCUAGACGGUGUACAUGUGUCUAGUGCCUCCAUGUCUUCCAGUGCCUCAAGUGUCUCAAUGUCCCCAUAUCUCCAAGCUAGUGUCCCUAGUGUCUGUGGCCCUGGUGUCUCCUUGUCCCCAUGUCUCCCAGUACCCCCAUGUCUCAAUGUCCCCAUGUCCCCCCAGCCAGUGUCUCUAGUGUCUGUGUCCAUGGUGUCUGUGUCCCCUUGUCUUCAAGUGUCCCCUAUUUUCCCAGUGUCCCCAUGCAUCCCAGCCAGAGUCCCCUAGUCUCCCAGUGUCACUGGUGUCUCUGUGUCCCUAGGUCUCCCUGAGACACUGAUACAUAGGAAAACUGAGACCUGGAGUAAUCGACACAUGGGGGCACUGGGAGACAUGGGGGCCACUCCUUAGAUGGCUGUUAGAGAUCCUUCCUGGGUCAUGGCUGCCUAAAAUGCAUCCAAACAUUCAGUGUCUCCUCCCUCUGCAUGCAGACACUGAACUUUCCUCAUAGAGAUUCAUUGAUUCAAUUCAUCUCUAUGAGGAGAUGCUGAUUGGCCAGGGCUGUGUUUGAAUCAUGCUGGCUCUGCCCCUGAUCUGCCUCCUUGUCAGUCUCAGCCAAUCCUAUGGGGAAGCACUGUGAUUGGAUUAGGCCACCACUUCUAAUGAUGCCAGCAGACUGCUUGUUUUUCUGAGUCUAACAGCAUGCAGAGUUACAGCUUCAGGCUUGAAUACAGUAAGAUUUUGCUAUAUUUAUGGAGGCAUGAGGGGCCCAGGGGGGCUAGAUGGUGGUGUCAACACUAUAGGGUCACAAAUUCAUGUUUGUGUUCCUGACCCUAUAGUGAUCCUUUAAGGUAAUGCUGACUUUGGUCCUCUAACACUGUGGCAUGUCCCAUUUAUUCUACACUCUCUACAUACACCUUUUCUUUGUCCCAGACUAUAUACCAGGAGCUUCUGCCUGCUAGUAAGAAGGUAAGGAGACAAGUGGACCAGCGAGUGCUAGGGGACAGUCCUUAGAAAGCGUUGAGCGAGCGCAUCAUUAGAUGCAUUUAUGCCAAGCUCAGGGUGCUGUCUGCAUAGUAUGCCCUUAGUUGGCCAGCUGCAUGAUUGGCAGGCAGCCUGACAUGCAUUCAUACCAGGCUGGCCUUCUAAUUUUUUGGGCAGACAUGUCCUCUUUUUGGGCAUGUUCGCCCCUUUUGGCAGAUUACGUGAUUUGUGUCAGUGGCACACCCUUUUACCGUGCUCAUUGACUUCCUGCUUGACUGGACACUGCUGUUAGGGGUUAUGGAUUUACUUGAAUGAUGAAAACAUAAAUUAGAGAGAGAUUAGCCUAGGGUAUGUGUUUUCUUAUAGCUGCUGUUUUCUUUCUCUCCAGCACCAUCUCCAUCAGAUACAUGACGCUUGGGAGUGUUUUACUGUUUUUGGUCGAUAUGAUUCUGUAAUUAGGCCCGUCAUAAUUAUCAGCACCAGGUCCACUGGGCUCUUAAUCUGGCCCUGCUCGGGAGUACUCAGUGCAUCGACCUCAGAAGGCUGUAGGUCUGGGGUGACACUGAUAGGAAUGGGACCUAUAUCCCAGAAGAUUGAAUAGAUAUUAAUGUUAUUGCUAUUGUUUUUCUGUUUUUUUUUAAAUUUUUUAUUUAUGUUAUAUAUAUUUAUAUAAUAAAAAACAUUUGAAACGAAUGAGUGCAGUAUGAAAGUAUUCACCAGCCCAGGUACAUUGGGGGCUUGUGCCAGUGAAUUCUGGGCCAGUGUGCAUGCAAUUCAAAAUUCAUCUUCGCUGGUCAGGAUCUGUGGCCUUUAUUUUACACAUUGAGCAGGUAGUCCUACUACUGUUAUUCUAAAGAGGAGAUUUCUUGGAAUCCUUGACUUGUUUCUAGCCUACUUCAAACUAAUCCAACUUUAACCCAUUUCUAGGGGUUAUCCUCCUAAAGUCCUCCCCUACUUCAGCCUUACCCCACUACACUACAUCUGGCUAUGGAGUUGUACAUAUUCUUAAUAAGUAGACUUGUGCACGGAGGACACAUUUGGUUCAGCCAAAUCAUUUUGUCCCCAAAAAAUGUCUUUGGUACGACUGAAUUCCGAUGCAGUGGUUCGGCUUGACCGAAUAUCACCCAUGCAAAUGAUUUAGGAAAAGCUAUUCCAAUUAAACAAAAUGGAAAAUAACCCUAUCACUGUAUGGCAAAAUAUAUAGAUAACAUUUGCAUGUAUAUAUAUUUUGAAGUACAGUUAUCUUCUAAUUUUCCUACACUUUUAACGGAGCUAAUUCUGACCGAAUAGAAUGGUAUUGUACCAUUCAAAUUCGGUCCACAUUUGGCCAGUAUCUGCGAUUUUGACCAUUUGGUUGUGCAUUUUAAGUGUUCCGUCAGGCUGAUUCCGGUUUAUUUGUUUAUAUCUCUUUAUUUGUUUGAUUUAGUGACUGUCCCCUAACCAUCAACCCAUUAAUCAUCUCUGGGUUUUUUUGGUGCCACGGAUGGCACACUUAAACACGAAGCAAACAAACAUAUUUGGCCAUUUUACGUAUUGUUUUUUUUCAUGAUAUGGCUCUUCCCAGUUACAGAAUUUGGAUGACUCAAUGAUUGGCCAAAAUUCGCACAAAUUAAAUAAUUUGAAACUUAGUGCACAAGUCUAUUAAUUAGUUCCCUUCAUGUACCCUCACUGCUAAUUCUCUCAAUUUUCCCACUGUCCCUUAUCAUACACAUUUUCUAAACAGUUGUUUGAUUGUCUAAGGAACACGUUUGAAUUUUUUUAUGAAUCUUGUUUUGUAUGUGAUUUUUUUUGGUAUGGUGUAUAGGCUGGGUGUCUAUAUGAUUAGAGCAGAGCUAUCACUGUCUUAGAUCCAGAAAGCCAUUGUUCAAAACCAUGUGAGGACACUUCACCAGUUAGUGUCCCUAGGCAAGAUACCCAACGACAUAUAUCUGCCUAGCUCAUAGAUUAAUAUAUUAUAAGCUUCUUCUCCUCUGAAUAUCUAAUUUCUAUAAUUGUAUGUUCUGCAAAGUAUGUUGGAGCUAUAGAAAUGUUAAUAGUAAUGUUCAGUGUUUGUAAGUCUUGUAUCUUACCAUCUUCCUGUAUUAUUUUAGAUACACCAAGAUGAAGACUGCAACAAACAUCUACAUUUUUAACUUGGCCCUGGCCGAUGCCCUGGUACUGAUCACUCUGCCAUUUCAGGGCACGGAUAUUCUGAUGGGAAUCUGGCCUUUUGGAAAUGUCCUGUGUAAAAUUGCUAUAUCCAUAGAUUACUACAAUAUGUUCACCAGUACCUUCACUCUGACCAUGAUGAGUGUGGAUCGCUACAUCGCUAUCUGCCAUCCCGUAAAGGCGCUGGACAUUCGUACUCCACACAAAGCCAAGGUGGUCAAUAUUUGCAUCUGGGUCCUGGCCUCCUUCAUUGGGAUUCCCGUCAUGGUAAUGGGUUCAGCUGAGAUGGAGAACGAUGGUCAGUAGUUUUCUUCUUUAUCUUGUUCUUUGGAGAACAAUGGACAAUGCAUGUGUUGUUGGCUUGACCAAAGCUUAGGAAAUUAUACUGUAACUCACUAGAUAGUUGGACCUCAGGAAUGCAGGACUUUCUCAUAUCAAUGCAAAUACCUCAAAUUAUCCAAAUUGGUCACCUGCCCUGACCUGCAAGGAAAUACUGAGCAAUUCUGGGAUCUAAUUACAAGAACCUGAGAAUUGAACCUGAUGUAUAAUUGGGUAUUAGAGGAUCUGCUAUAUUCAUAUUUUGUUGGCUUCCUUUGCUGCCCAGUUUGUUUCCUGUAACCUUCCUUUAAAGUGUCUUAUAUUUUUCCAUUUCCGGGGAAGGAAGUUCAGGGAGAGCAACGUAAAUUUGUCAUGCAGUGGAAUAUGUGUAUAGCGUCCCCAAGGGGGCAAGUCACUCUGUGCCCAUUGCCGCAUUACAAACUAUUGGUAGCCUAAUGUUGGCAAAUCUCUGAGAACACCUGGAUCUUCUUCCCUGAUCCGACCUUAGUCAGAUCCUAGAUCCUAGUUAAGAUCCUUCUUUGUUUAACAGAAUAAAAUUGGUCAUAGAGAUCAGUGCUAGUACUAUACCAUCAAUAAUUGGUGUCACCCAGAGAUCUAUUGGCUGGUAGUACUAUACCAUCAAUAACUGGUGUCACCCAGAGGCACAGAUCUAUUGGCUGGUAGUACUAUACCAUCAAUAACUGGUGUCACCCAGAGGCACAGAUCUAUUGGCUGGUAGUACUAUACCAUCAAUAAUUGGUGUCACCCAGAGGCACAUCAGUAAUUGGAUAAUGUCCCCCGCAAGACCUCCUGCUAUGUAGGUCUAGACUAUUGAUAGUUUGAUUUUCCCUACAGAUGGUGAUUACAGCAGCAGUUGGUACCAAUAAACACACUGAAGCCCAUGUGUGGCCACCAGGUUCCAUCAGCAGGUCCACAUUAAAAUACAUUCCCUGAUUUGUAUAAAAAUCCCAGAAAGAUUUGUAUUUUCCGUUGUGUUUCUGGCAGAGACGCACAGACAGAUUUGUACCAUGAGUCGUGCAAUGUGCUUGGUACUAUAUAUUUAUACUGAGUCCACGGUGGUGUAAAACAGAACCUGGCAAUGAUCAGAGAGAUUAAAAAAAAAAAAAAUAAGUCCAUAUUGCAAAUUGCAUGAUCGGAUGCUGUGCCACUCUCCCAAUUAAUACUGCGCUUUUGUUUAUGAUGCACACACACGGCCCUGGAAUAAAACUGGGCAUUAAGCGUGUAUUACCAAGAGCAGAAAUUACAGUCUAUACGUCUCCACAGUCACUGGUGCAUCACGUCCCCUGAGAAUUUAAAGCAUUUGAUUUACUACAACAAACACACAUCUAUAAUUCAUGUCCUCUUUACCCCCUGCCUCUCGCUUCUUCUCCCUGCUCCCUAAAGGGGGGCUAGCGAGUGAGUACAGCAGCCACAGGAAGCUUAAAACAAUGGCUCUGCUUAUAACUCUCUCAUCACGUUUUGGCAGCCUCUGGCUUCCUUUACAUUGUCUGCAAGGUUAGCUGAUCCACCGUCCGAUGGCAUGGAUGCUGCUUUAUAAAAACUCAAUGAAGAAUCAGUAAAACAAGGGCUGUAUAGCAGGUAGCCCCCAUCAUGCUUUUCCCGCCCUAACGCAAUGGUUGUAGCUUUUAUCUGUGGAGCGUACAUUUUGGCUAUCCGUGUCCAUGAAAGCUGGAUAUGGAGAGCACAUGAGCCCUUGGCUGGGAAAUAAAUGAAGGCCACAGGUGCCUAAAUUUCACUUCAGAGAGGGAGAUAAAAGUGAACGACACAGACCUUUUAGGCAGCAGGAGCCUAAGGCGAGCCCUUACCAGAACCAAUAAGCAAUCAGGUGAAUAUUCAUAUUACCAUAGUAUAUCAAGGGUUAUCCAGCAAAGGGCGAAUUGCCGGCGAUUCCAAGUUAACAUUCCGAAUGAAUAACGGAAACAAUAAAUGACUGAGAAUUUUUCUAAUUUGACUUUUGUGAAUAAACCUUUGCCCGGCUAGUGUUCACAUUGACCUUUGUGAAAACAUACAGGGUUAUUCACUAAGCACUGUCAGGAAUUCUAAGUAAAUUCACAGUGAAUUUCAGAUUCAAGGCCGAAGUAACUGAACUACUUUGGAAGCAUAAGUAACUUGGGGAAUUUUUCCAUUUGACUAUAUUAGCCGUAAAUCCUAAAUUCACUUUGAAUUCAGUCUGACUUUCCGACAAUUCUUACUUUAGUGAAAUAAUCCCAUACGGGUUUUAUCAAGGUUGGACCAGGUGGGGCGGUGGCAGAAAACGACCCUAGGAAUCCUGGCAGUGUUUAUAGGCAAGCUGUGCACAAGGUGUGGGAUGGUGGAAUUGAGGAGCUGGGGCUCCAGGGAAAUAAGAGCUCAUUAGAAAGAUGUCGAUAAGAAGCGCUCCUACUGCUGCGAUCAACACAAAAAUAUGUCUGGCCAGUGGAAGUGACGCCAAUAAAAGGCAUUGCUCAGUGCGGCUACUGGAAAGUUGUCCCUGCGCGGUGGUAAUUACUCGGGUAGCUCGUGGAAUCCUGCUGCAGUAACGCAUCCAUCGCUGCGCGCACACAUUAGCAAAUCUCUCUGCUUUACUGCGUCCACAGCAACUCAAGCACUAUUAAAAUCCCCUCCUGGGAAACUGAUUUCAGCUCCGGGGAAUCUUAUUAAAGACAUAUUUCAAAGGCUCUAUAAAAACGUCAGGCGCUAGCAAUCGCUCCAAGCAGCGAUUUUUCCUUCAGCGAAGCAACAUCAAGAUUACAUCUAGCCAACCCGCAGCGCAGUCCUGCUCAUUUCCUGGCCUUUAAGGAUGCGUCUGUGUGCGGAGAAACCUCUUGCUGAUCUAUGAUUUAUGAGAUAUACCUUUUAUUCAUGGGAAGUUUUAAUUAGAAAUAUCUGCCUUUGCAUUUAACGCUUUCAGCGCAGAAGCACUGCUUGGGUGUGGGCAAUUUACAGCUAAACCUACGGUGUUUUAAAUGUCAAUAAAUAAAAUAUAUAUCAUGAUAAUCCAUGUAUGUUAGAAAUGGGAUAACAGUCUGCGUUAAAUGGAGUCAGCUGGGUUUAUUAACUAAACAGCGAGAACUGGGGCGUUUAUUCAGAAAAGAUGAAAUUGUUGUGAAUUAGAAACCAAAAACCUUUAAAAUUUAGACUAAAUUAGAUGGUUUUGAAAAAAACACCCAACCAUGUCUAUAAUCAUAGCUUGGAUAUUUUAGCUCAAAUCGUCUGUCACUUUGAAGAUUUUCUUUUUCUUUAAUUUAUCCUUUUUUGUCCCUGUGUUUCCCCCUUUUUUGUGUUAUUUAAAUUUGAAAGAUUGCUGUCAGAAAAGGAGAGAAAGGGAGGAUAUUAAAUGAUUUUGAUGACAGCGUUCAUUAAGCAAGGUUUCUUGUCGGUUUCCAAGGUGAUUAACCACACUUAAAUUUUGAAAUUCCAUUUUCAGUUUAUUACAACUUGAUAUUUAGUAAAUAACAUAAUAAAGUGUAAUAUUUAAAAUGAUACAGACCAAGUUUUGGAAGUUAAUCUUAAUGCACUGUUUAGUGGGUAAAGCCCUUAUACUGUGGGAUUGCUGAUAUCUGCUAUUAAAUUGCUUUCGUUCUGUCCUAGGGCUGCAUUUCACCCUGGUAAUUACAGCCGUUCCUCCCCCAUAGGCACUAAGUACCCCUAGUAAUGAAGUAGGUUGUGUUUUGAUAGACCUAGCGUUGUAUUUCAUGUCACUUUAUACAUUUUCGUCCAUGCUAACAGCAUUUUACUUUUCUCCGCAGAGAUUGAGUGCAUGGUCCAAAUGCCUGUUCCAGAACAUUACUGGGAUCCCGUUUUUGGCAUCUGCGUUUUCCUCUUCUCUUUUGUUAUUCCAGUCCUCAUUAUCACUAUCUGCUACAGCCUUAUGAUCAGACGCCUGAAGAAGGUACGUGUCCUUUCUGGGUCCAAGGAGAAGGAUCGCAACCUGCGUCGAAUCACACGGUUGGUCUUGGUGGUGGUAGCUGUGUUUAUCAUUUGUUGGACCCCAAUUCAGAUCUUCGUGCUUGUGCAGAGCCUGGGGGCAAAGCCGGACAGUGAUGUCAAGGUGUCCAUUCUUCACUUCUGCAUUGCCCUGGGCUACAUCAACAGCAGCUUGAACCCCAUUCUCUACGCCUUUUUGGAUGAAAACUUCAAAGCCUGCUUCAAGAAAUUCUGCUUUCCCUCGGCCUUCCGUACCGAGCUUCAAAUGUCUAACAGAAUGUGCAGCAUUGCGAAGGAUGUCGCUUAUGCCUACAAGAACUCAGACAGCCCGAAUAAUCCCGCAUGACUAGGCAUGGAACUGCCCAUGCUAGGGGCAGACGGGGACCAAGUGGGCUCUAAUCCACAGGCAGAACUGACUCAGAUAACAGCCUUGUGAUUAAAAUAAAGGAGGUGGGCUUAGAUGCCACCUCCUCUUGGAAACUUCAAUUUAAUGUGGAGAAUGGAAGCAAACCGUAAUUUCCAUUGGCCAUUUACCAUGGAAUUCACCAACCUCCAACUGAGGCAUGAAGUCCACUUUUAAAGAAACGCUCACAUGGACUUCCUGGAUCUCCAACUGUUAUACUGAACCAGAGAAAACUUCUUCAGUGGGCUGAAAGGUUGCAUCUUGGAUGUCGAUCCCAAAUUUGCCUUUCCGACCUGUCUGUCUUGCAGUGCAGGGUCUGUACAGAAAUUCUAGAUUUUACUAGAGACUACUUUCAAUUUGCUCUAGAGGAGCGUGAAGCCGACUAGGUGAAUUUAAGACAGGCUCCUCUUAAAACGUGUUUAAUGAUGUAUAUUAAGCCCGUGUGUACACACACACACACAUAUAUAUAUAUAUACACACAGUUAUUAUUUUUCUACUUAAAAGGUCAGAAUUAGCUCUUAGAUAAAGAUAACAGAUAAUUGACAAGCUUACCAAUAUUUUUGCUCACUUUUAAUAGGUUUUACACAAAAAAAAUCCUGCACAAACCGUCUCAUGGUGAAGUCAGGUAAUUUACUAAUGAAAUGACCCCAUGAGAUGCCGAAGGUAGUAGAUCUAAUAAUAAUUAAAUAUCUUUAGACCCCUUUGCUAAACAAGCAUGCGCCCCAUAAUGUGGUGCAUUAAUCCAUGGGAAUAGAAUAAAGAUCUUCCAACCCAGAGCACCUUUCACAAGAAACGUUACGUAAAGGUGUUUCAUCAAGCUUUACAGUCAUAGUAUUUUGAAUUUAUAUAUAUUUUUGUUUAUUUAAUUUGCCCAUUUUACAAACCUUUUCUCGAGGUGGUAGAAGAAGAAGCUGAUAUUUAUUUAGCGUUUUUAUGCUCAUUUUCUUUAUAUUGUAUACAAACAGUAUCAGAAAUCCAUUAGUCUCUUUUUUAUAUUUUACUAAACGAAAUUCCUUUAUGUAACAAUCUUUGUGUGUUUUUCCUUCAGAAAAGCCCCCUUAUUGUGGGAGUCUCACCUCAUUUUGGAAGCAGUUAGCUCACCGGUAUCACCUAAUUUCUAAAUUUAGAGAAAUGGAAAUAGUGUGAGCCUUGCCAUUUUUAGAACUGACCCAGUAGGGGGAAAGACAGUGAUCCCCCUACUAUUCAAAUAUUGCGAUAAUUAGAUAAUUAAUACAUAGCUCAAUUUCCCCAAGAAAUCCUCGUAAAGCCAGAUUUUCCAUUAGGAUGUUCUGUAAUAGGGAUCUUAAAUUAAAUUACAAGGGACACCCUUUCCCUCUGCAACCUUCAAAGAAUGGGCUAAUCCACUGAUUGCCAAAGCAAUGUGUACAUAUCAUACUGAACCGCAAAGGGUUAAAAAAAACAUUUCCUCCUUUGUAUUUAAAGAAUUUGUACAUUGUUGCUUCUGAGUCCUGCCGUCCUUUUGGUGUUUUUUCGACCCAAUCUUUGGGCAAGAUGUAUAAACUGGAAGCCAUUACACCCGAAAUUCUGUACUGCCAUUAAACGAUAAAACUAGAGAGGCCUGGAUUUGCUCUCCUCGUUUCCAACCUGAUAUCUGUGGCUGUUUGCUGGUGAAGUGACAUUGAAUCAGCCUUAAAACUCCUCUUUUUUUUGGCAUAUACCAUGUAUGGCUUUCUUAUUUACAGUAACUCAUGUAAAAAGAAUACGAGAGCGUGUAUUAUAUAGAUAUCCAUUCACAAUCACUUCGGUUUUCAAAGCCUCAAAGCCUUUCUUUACCGUGGAUCUGCAAAUCUUUGCUCCAGGAAAAGAGGCACGGAACAAAUUUAAAAACAAGUAAACAAUUAAGCCAAAUGCAUAAUGGGGUGAACUAAUGAAGAGCAUUCUCUAAAGACUGAAGACGUGAUGGAUCCAUGAAAAACGCCAGAGAUUGGAUCUGAUGUCUUAUAUAAAAAACUCAAUUUAAUGUCUAUAAAGGAAGGGGGAUCAGACAGGGGUAACAGCAAGAGCUUGAAGAUGCUUUUCUGACUUUCUGUAGUUUAUUUAUCUUGAGCCCUAUCAUAUGCUGUAAGGAGCGUUAUCUGACGUGACGCAGGAAGACCACCCCAGACGUGCCGAUAUGGAAGAGAUAUUGAACGAUAAAGUGAAUGUGUCAGAUGGACUGAACCUGCUUUGCGCUGCGGGCAUUCAGUGUUGUGUGGGAACAAGAGAUAGGAGGUUUGCGCUGAACGCUUCUGGUGACACCAUCACUAUUACGAGGCCUUUCAGGCCUACCAGGCCGAGGGUGGCAGUGGCCUUGAAAAGAAAGUGUUGACAAUGUAAGCUGUCACCAUAGGAAGUGCACGUGCAAAAGUGUUUGUGUUUUUGUUUUCCAAAACCCUGUGUAAAUGAAUGAGUGAUGACGCGUUUCGCUUAAUUUGAUAAUGUCUGCUUAUUUAUAAGUGUGAAUAUUAUACUCUCAUAUCCACUAGAGUGUGAGCUGGUGAAUUGGUGUGUGUGUGUGAGUGUGUGCUGCUCACACGCAGAUUGUGUUACAUGUCUAUAUCUGAGGAAAACAAUUUAAAUCUUGGGGUGAUAGAUGAGGGGAGGAGGUACAGCAGACUGACUGGACAGACUUGUCCAUAAAUCAAGUUAUAAAUCUUCAGGAGUGCCUUAUUUCAAACAACGCCUACUUUGUGGUUAAACUAACUCAUUUUGCUAGUGUUAAUUUAAGUGUUCAGUGCUCAAUGUAAAGGCUCCUGUUUGAUCAGUGAUUUGCACAUAUAUGUGGUCAGCACAAGAGCUGAUCGCUACGUGGAUCUAUUUUUUUGUGGCCUGCUAAUGAUAUGUGUACAGAUUCCCUGCUGCUUGUCCCACUAUUCUGUGACUGUGAUAUGCUGCUCUAUGGGCUUAAGGCUCCUGUCCUGUCCCAUGUACUUUUGUGUUAAAGAAAUGAUUUCCGGCCCAUCCGUUCUGGGUCCCGAGUCUCUUAAAAUUCCCUCUGUUACUCCAUAUUAUUCAUACUGUUGAAGAAUGGGUGAGAUAUUAGAAAAUCAUUCACUAAACAGCAAGUUGUGGUGAGUUAUUUUUUUAAAUUGAUAUUCCUUUAUUUAUAUUAUUACUUAUUUGGUGCCAACAUAGUCUGUAGCACAGUACAAUGGGUGAUACAAGUUAAUUAGCUCGCAAUUUGAAGCCUUGUUAAGUGAUAUUCAAAGGAUGGGUAGUAAAAAAAACACACACGUUGGUGAAUAAAUAAAAUCUUACAAUUAAGUUCUAAAAUGUCAUCUCAUCACAAAUCACUGUUUAAUGAACGAGCCAACAAGUGACCAAACCUCCUGUUUAAAGAAGCAAGUGCACUAGGGUCUGCUAGAAAAAUGUAAAACUUAAAGGGACACUAUUGUCACCAAAACAACUUAAUGAAACUAUUUUGGUGUAUAGACCAAUUCUUUGCUAUUUAGGAGUUAAAUCCCUUUGUUUAUGUAGGCCUAGUCACACCUCCCUGCAUGUGACUUACACAGCAUUCCAUAAACACUUCCUGUAAAGUGAGAUCUAAUGUUUAAACUUCCUUUAUUGCAUAGUCUGUUUAAUUUACAAUUUAAUAUAUCCUGCUCUGUAAGGGAGCAUUAUAGACACAACAGGAGCAUCCUGUGUGUGAGUAAAGUUAAAUUUACAGAACAUAAGAUAAAAAACUUGUAAAGUAAGUAAGCAUCUGACUGCAAACUAAACCAUUAUCUUUUUCGUGCACACUGAAUCAGUCUCAGCCAGGGGAGGUGUAGCUUGUUAAUUUUAAUAUCAAUAAGUCAUUAUAUUCCUGUUGCAUACUUUGUUUUGUCUAUUUGUCAUGUUAUUAAUGCACAGCAAGGGUGGCCAGUGACUAGCUCUCCAGCUGUUGUUGAAAUACAACUACCAUGAUGCUUUGCAGACUAUAGACUACAAAGUACAGCUCCAGAUCUCUCUUACACGGUCAUCUUCUGGAGCCUCGCAAUGUGGUGUUACACCACGUGUUACAGUAAGAUCAAGUUAACAGUGCUUCUAAAUGUAUUUAUUUAUUUUAUAAAAUGUUGGUAAGUUGGCCUAAAUGGGAGAUCUGGUCACUUUACCAUCAUGCAGCAUAUAACAACGCUGUCUGAAAAAUGGGGACACCCUUGAAUAUAGCAAUGGGGUUAUUUACUAAACUAUGAAUUAGAAUCAAUUGAAAAAGAGAAUUUCUGAAUGUAAGUUAAAAAUAGCCAAGUUGUAGAUAUGAAACAGGGAAAAUCCCUUUGUACAUCAUUAAAAGGACCCGAACCCAGCAAUUAAAACAAACAAACCAUUUGGUAAAUAGUCAGCAGUCAAUACCAGAGCAAAAUAAAUUAGAACAAUAACAGAAAAAGAAAAUAAAUAAAUUCUCAUGUCUCUAUCUUUCAACCCCCAUCCAGGCCUAUGAAUUGCAGAAUUAUUUUCUGGUCUAAAUUUAGCAAUUUGCGUUAACGUUCACAACAAUUCACCGUUUAGUAGAUAAACUCCAAUUUCAGGGGAGUCUUUUCUAUUAGUCCCAAUAUUACAAGAUGAGAUUACAGGAACUACACACCUGCAUUAUAAAGUAGUACUGAGUAUGUUCAUAAAUAGCAAUUUCCGCAAAGCCGUAACUGCUGGAUUCUUGCGCAUGUAAUGCCGCAGUGAGGAUAACGUUUGCACUGUUGUUGUUUCAUUACUGGGCACAUGGAUACAUGAACAUUUAAAGGAUUAUAAAAUACUCCCUCUAAUGAUUGUUAUUAAAAAAGCAGGGUUGCUUUAAAUGCAAUUCGUCUCUGUUUUAUGCAUAAAUUAUAACCGUCACAUCUGGAAAUUACACCAUAACUAAAACACUGAAAAAAAUCAGCCAUUUUAUAUGUAACGCACUGUUUCCUUGUAAAUUUUAUUAAAGUUUUAGCAAUUUACACCACAAUCCAUUUCAAACCCGGCACACAUUUCAUUAAAUGAGGAGUAAGAGAAACAUUGUUUCUAUCUCAGUUCUUCUCUCUAUGCUAACGCUACACCCCACCUCAGGAGAAAGACUUCUCCACUCUAGAUCCUUCAGUCAAGGGAGAACUAUCGCUGCUUUAUAAACGGCGCUCUGAUCAGAAGGCGAUUUUAUUAUAGAAACAUCUGCUAAAAGAGGAUCUCCUGGUUUAUAAAAACUGCACUCAGGAGAGAAGAUUAGCCGAAGAUCUAACGCUCUCGAGUAGCACAGAUCUGAACAAAGCAAAUCGUAUAUAAUGUGUAAUCGCUUUAGACGGGAAUAAUUGGUGUCAAACUUAAUCAGGGAAGUUAAGAUGAAAUCGGAUAGUCUUCCUCGGGGUGGAGUACUUGUUAUUCCUCUUAGUUAAUAACCAUGUUUUCCUGCAGUUCGUAGUCCUGAUUAGUCAAAUCAUCACUCUCUUGACUGAUCGUUAUUAGAUCUACACUGCAUGUGUCGUGGCUGCGCGCAUACAGUCUUAAAGGAAUACCCCUAUAUUAAACUGAACAACCACUUAUUUUAGAGCGCGUUAGCCAUUUCUCGACUUCUGGUCAAGGUUGCCGGAUACUCCACGUUUUCCUAAACAUCGUUAUUUACGGAAUAAAAAGCUAAGAGAUUCGGCACGCCAGUAAUUUUCUCUUUGAAUUCCUUCAGUAGGGCAAAUUGCAAUAUUAGCAACAGCUCUGUUCUGCAUAAAUGCUGCUUCACUGUUGCGGGCUUCUACUACCCGGUUCAAAAAUUAAAAUGUUACUCUAAGUGCCAUGAACACAUAAGUGAUUUGAAGUGGUUAUGGUGCCUGGAGUCUGUAUGUCCAGGGUUUUGCUGUAAAAAAUGCACAUACAGAGAUUAACCCCUUACCUACUGAAGCAAAGGUCCAGACUGGUUAAUGUCAGUUCUGAUGCCACCACACACAGAGUGCCGUUGCCAGACAGCCAAUGCAAAGACACAGUGGGGGGAGGGAGGACCACCAUAGAAAGUGUAACUACACUUAAAACCAGUAUUUUAUGAGAACACUGUUUUUUGGAGUAAUCCUUUAACACACUGUAAAAAUAAAUGCUCUGCUAAAAAGAAAUGCCAAUCUUGUUUUUGAGAAUUAAAACAGAACGAUGAAUCACAGAAGACUUGUGGGAGAAAUUUUUCCAUUAACCGAAACCCGUACAACUCUCACUGAACAAGUGAUAACAAUGUGAUACAUGAAGACUAAUUAGCUGUGAAAGUGAACUCAUGAUUGCAACUGCAAACCAGACUCACUCAUUAAGCAGAAACGUGUCAAUGGUCAGAGGGCGGGCACAGACUCCUGCUCAGGUGGCACAUCCAGGCAUGAGAUUUAUUCAUUCACACUUGUCAGGAUCCCAGGAGGGGGAGAGGAGAAGAGUCAAAUUAGGCUUUUUUUCCCCCUUGUUAAUUAAAGCAGAAAAUACCGCAGUCUGACUGCGAAGCAGAGACUGAUUCAGGAUUCCUUAUUAGUGGGUAGUGAUUAGUCUACUGUACAGACAAUGCUAGCUGCAUCUACAGCUAGAGCAUUGACAAGGAUUCUAAAUCAUUUUCUCUAUACUGAGAGCGGAGCCCGGCACAUCGGCUGUGAGAAAUAAAAUGAAUUAAAUUGAGAGAAAACGAGAACAUCCCAGGCAGAGAAUGUCUAGAUUUAUUCCCUAAACUGAGAACGGAGGAGAAUCGACAAAGAACUGGAAAUUUAAAGAAACAUUAGCGUGUCAGCAAUACAAACCUGUAUUAUUAAUAUUGCAAUUUAUAUAGAGCCAACAGAUUCUUUAGUGUCUCUGUCCCUGGUUAUAUAGAGGUCCCCCCACAGGGUGACCCAUAAAAAUAAUAAAAUAAAGGCUUUUAUUUAUCACAGCGCUAAUUACCUUUCUGUCUCCUGUGACAUCAUGAACCAGGCACGGACUACUCCGGUGAUGGUCCAAUCAACUGCCCUUCAUUGGGGACCUGAUGCGCAUGUGCGGUGAAUGCAGGCAUUGAAUCAGUGCUUUCCUAUGGGGGCUGCACAUUAUAUGAGUUUUACCUUAAAUGGUUACAUUGACAGGAACACUGCACUCAGGUGACUUCAAGUGAUCUUUCACGGCCAAAAUAACUUUUUAUAAAUGUGUUUAUUUUACCCUGAAAUGGAAAACACCCUUUGAAUUCUCUCCAAUUUCAGUUUUUAGUGAGUAAGCACCAAUAUGUCGGUUUCCUAGCAGUGUCGAUGUACAAACCAUGCGCAAGCCUCAUGCCUACACCAUCUAUUUAUUAAUGGGCACGGUCGGUUAGGGGGAAGGAUUGUCAGUACUACUAUUUGGCUUCAAAAACAAACAAAGAAAUAAAAACAACAACAAAACAAAAAGCAAAACACAUUGAUCCAUACUAGUUACUGAUUUUAAACGGUGCCAGAGAUUGUGUGGUAAUGGAGCAAUAACAGUGGUUAAGGUUGUUUAGAACCCUUUGGUACCCUGCAGGUUGUAGAUGGCAUCGCUAGUGGAAAGAACUCAUUUCACCAAUGGUUCCCUCUAAGCACUGUUUGUGAGCAAUUAAGCAGCGAAUUGGUGAAGAAGGACGUAUUUAUUGCAUUAGGUUACUUAUUUUCCAAUGUAAUAGGCUGGAUGGAACAUGGCGGUCUUGUCUGCCCGCACACAGAGUCCGAGUUCAGUUCGAUGUCUCCCUCUCUAAUGAAUUGAAAGAUAAUCUAAUCUAAGCUUUACUUUGUAACUGUGGAAUUUUAAUGCAUCUUAAAUCUGCACUUUUUUUUACUCGUUGCAGGUGAGAAGAUUGUAAGCUUUUGGUCCAAUUAACAUGCUGGUGCCGUGACCCCACCCCACGCAUGCUUGCUCAGUGGGCUGUGGGUGUGUUUGCUGCACGCUAGCCCUGCUGCAAUAAUUGCACUUUAGUAGAGGCCUAAAAAAGUAUAUUAUCUGCAUAAAGAAUAGGAAUUUUUUAUGAAAAAUAUCUGUAUAGAGUCUGGCUGUACCUAUAGGACUGAGACUGUAUAGAGUCUGGCUGUACCUAUAGGACUGAGACUGUAUGGAGUCUGGCUAUACCUAUAGGGCUAUGUCAGGGAUGGCAGUUUAGUAAGGGAAGCUCUCUAAAUAAUCUGUAUUGUAUUUGGAUGACAGUUAAUUAACCUGCACUAAAUCCCAGCUCACACUGAUAAAUGGCUGCACCCAAGGGCUGAUACUGACCGCGCAGGUUUAAUGGACCUCAAUAGAGAGAUCUAUUAUGUAGAGUUUAAUUCAUGGACACAAGUUUUAGUGGGGAUAAGAAACUUCUAUCCAGCCAUUGGCUACAGACUACAACUCUCAUAAUGCACAGCCACUCAGCACACAGUUCUUAGAUGCUGUCUUUAUAUAGGGGCUCCCCUCCUUGGUAACAACACAGGGAAUGAUGAACCUUAUAUAGUGAGCUGUGCUGGGGGCAAAUCAGGUCUGGGGGCCUUACACGUCUACUAAACUGCACUUAUUCUGAAAGGGCCUCCCUCCCCCUUGCUAUGCAGGCACAUUGUUCAGUAUUCUAAGAAUUCUGUGGGUCACGCUGGCAGUGCCAGUCUCAUACCCGGCUGUAUCGUUUGGUUUGGUAUAAUAUGUAAUAAAGAUGGAAUGGUUUAUGUGUA